UGUGAUAAUAUUGUGCGCAACUGCAUGACGGAGUUAAGAGAUUGACAAGACCUCAUGACAAACUCAACUCUUAGUCGUUAAAUGUUUUGGCUCUGGGAAUAUUCAGCCAGAUAGCGACGCCACCACAAAGCUGCACCAUGGGGCAGUUUAUCUUUGUAUUAAUGUUCCUACUUGAUGUCCUGGUGCGUUUGGGUACUGGUCAACAACAUUUACGCGCACGUGUCGGACCUUGGAGACACCGGAUUCAGUGGGAGAAUAACGGUCAGCUGUACAGUCUGCUGAGCACGGGGACUCAGUAUCGUCCCCCUGCACAGUCCAGAAGACGCACUCAACUUUUAUUAACAACCAAGAACAGUUUUAACCGAGUUAACCACCUUGUUGCACCCAGUAGACCCGGCAGAGUCAGAUCUGGAGACCCCGAGGACGCAGUCAGGGUUCAUUCUCUACAAAACGACCACGGUCUAAAUGAUGCAGCUGUUCUUGUUCCUGAUGCUGGUCAGUACUUUGUCGUUUCUGGACAUCCUGGGGCACCCGGUCAGGCUCCACAGCGAACGGCAAAUGCAGGAGAAGAGACUGAGGCUUUUGGAUACCGUUCACAUCGCGCUGCGUCAAACAGCAACGCUGUGUCCGUGUAUGAGUUCUCUGGUAGCGGAGUCCCGCGAGGUGGCCGCAGCGCAGCUGGGGAUGAUGCCGGUGCUCAUCAGGACGCUGCGCCACCGAUUAGAUCAGCAGAUUUUACGCACAGCCGAGGUGCAGGGAUAAGACCCGAGGGCUCGGAUUUAACUGCCCGAUCACAUGCCACAUCUGGACCGGUCACCAUGGCCGAGGAGGACAGUGCGGACGCACGACGCAUGUCUCAGCAGAGCAGACUGGUUUUCACGGGUGAUGCUCGCACUGCGCACGGAAGUUCAGCGGAGUCAAAUAUAUUUUCUCCCACAGCGUCGUCCGGCAACGCUGUAGAUGUAGAAAUACACUUUCCUCGUGCGAGGCCCGAGCAAACACGGACUACAGAUGUGAGUGACCCGCGAGAUCCACACAGUAUUCAUCACAGAAACUCGGUGUUCUACAACGUUUAUCCACCAGACAGACUGAACAGGGGUCCUGCGCGCACUUCACCUGGAACCGGCGGCUAUGGCACCAGAUUAUUCCACAAUGGUCUGCCAGACCUGGUUCCUGAUCCUUACUACAUCCAGGCGGCCUCUUACAUCCAAAGAGUGCAGAUGUAUGCACUUCGCUGUGCUGCUGAAGAGAACUGUCUAUCCAGGUCUGCGUAUCAUUCGAGUGUGAGGGACCUGGACUACAGAGUCCUGCUGCGGUUCCCACAGCGAGUGAAGAACCAAGGAACAGCAGACUUCCUCCCAGUGAGGCCCAGACAUGAGUGGGAAUGGCACAGCUGUCACCAGCAUUACCACAGCAUGGAGGCCUUUAGCAACUACGACCUGCUGGACGUCUCUACUGAUCAGAAGGUGGCUGAGGGACACAAGGCCAGUUUCUGUCUGGAGGACACGUCAUGUGACCCGGGAACAAGACGCCGCUUUGCCUGCACUGCUCACACACAGGGGCUCGGUCCUGGUUGCUAUGAUACAUAUCAUGCAAACAUUGACUGCCAGUGGAUCGAUAUCACUGAUGUACCACCAGGAAACUACAUACUGAAGGUGACAGUAAAUCCCUCUCAGCUCGUCCAGGAGUCUGAUUUUUCCAACAAUGAGGUUCGCUGUGACAUCACAUACACAGGAACCCACGUCCAGGCAAGAAACUGCAGGAUCACUGGAAGCUGACCUGACUGAAGACUGAACACUUUCCCCUCACAGAAAUACAUAUUUCUUAUAUUUAAUACCGUCUUGUUGCUCUCUAUAAAGUUGCUGCUCACCUGUGCAGCUGUUUACACUUCAAUGUUUGCUUUUAUCAUGUUUGUAUUUAUGGCAUAAUAUAUUGUAGUUACAUGAUAUCUUUUUGGUUGCAUUAUCCUUUUUUAUUUGUACUGGUAUUUGAGGAAAGGGAGACGUAAGGACUUUGAGGAAAACAUGUUUGUACAAUUCACGAAAACAAGAAACUUGUCUUCAAUUAAUUUGUACACUCUGACUACAAUGGUGCUUUAUUUCAUAGGAAGAUGUGGUCCCCUGAAAUUGAACAGCAUUUCAAUUCAAUCGACUGUAUCUGUAUUGUGCAUGUGCUACAUACAUAGAACAGAGCAAGUGCUCUACUGUAUUUAAAACAGUAAUUGUCUGUGUUUCUGCCGCUCAGUAUCAGCGACAAUGUAUGUAUGUUUUUCUUCGUCUGAAUGGUUUCUAAUGCUUGACCUUUUCAGCAUUUUAUUAUAUUUUAUAAUAAAGUUUCUUUUUGAUUUUUGGAAACAAAAUUGUCGAGACAGGUUUCAA